UAUUUUCAAAAGCCACAGAUAAGAUUAGCCGGGUUCUUAAGACUGUUUCUCCUGUUCAUGAUGUGGAAGUCUUGUCAAUCUACCACUGGAACCGUAAAAAAAAGACCAUUAAAGAUCCGUGUCUCUUCAUUACGGUCUUUUGAAUAGUGGAGGUGCGGCUAGAAGUGUUUCAGGAUAUGGUCCCUCUAUACAGGAUAAGCAUGGCUGCUGCUCCCAUCCCCAGCCAACACUGAGCUGCAGAUAGAUGUCUAGGGCAGGCAAGAUGUCUCGGACAACGGGUGCCUCCACCAGUAAGCAGCCAGGUGGGGCUACACUCCACCAGUGUGAUGUGUGUGGCAAGGAUUUCCCCUUCAAGGUGGUUCUUGACAUGCACAAGAAGGACCACAACUUCAAGAAUGUGUACAAGUGCCAGGUGUGUGGCACUGCAUACCCCAAGAAGAGCCAACUGGACAUGCACUACCGCAAGCACACCGGUGAGCGACCCUUCAAGUGUGAUGAGUGUGACUCCUCCUUCAUGAACAGCAGCAACCUCCAACGCCACAAACGCAAGCACGUUUGCAAGCGCCGGUAUGACAGUGAUGAGUGGGAGGCGGCCUAUGCCCUCAGUGACAACCUCAGUGCAGAGAAGCGGGCUCGAGGCGUGGCGGGGGAGGAUAGCGAGAGCCCUUAUACAUGUGGGGAGUGUGGAGAAACCUUCCCCAAGAUGAACACUCUCAUGGUGCACAAGCGCAAGCACUCUGGUGACCGGCCGUUCCCGUGUGAGUUAUGUGGCGCAACUUUCUCAGUGCGAGCCAGUCUGGAUUAUCACCGCCUCAAGCACACUGGAGGAGGGGAGGCUGCCUACUGGCACAACAUAUGUAACAUAUGUGGCGAGGCAUUCACCUCCAAAGAUGGCCUUGUGCAGCACCAGCGGCGGCACAGCGGUACUCGGCCAUUCAAUUAUGACAGGUAUUUUGCUGCAUUUCCAAAUGGUGACCAGCAGCAGUCUGACACUCCACCCGUGGCACCUCAACAGCAACCACAGCAGCAGCUUGGCAGCCAGGAGGCAGCUGUUCAACAACCCCAACAGCUUCCAGCACAAAUGCAACCACAACAGCAGCAGCAGCAGGUUUUACCAGAACAGCAGCACCUGCCCCAGCACCCUGAUCAUGAGCACUUUCCUCCAGUACAGCAGCAGCAGCAGCAGCAGGAGAGGCCUGAGGGAACUGAUACAACUCAAGUCUCUCCUCAGCUACAUGAGCUUCAGCCUUCCCCUCAGCUGCAUCAGAUGGUGGGGACGCCUCAUUUACCGAUGCCACAGUCCCAACAGUCAGACUUUCCAGGACCUGUGGAGCAGGAGGCCCAAGUUCCAGGCCCCAUGGGUCCCCAGGCCCAGCCCGUCCAGAGUGUUGGCCAGUUAGACAGCCUCUCCAGCCCCCCCAUCAAGGAGGAGCCCAGGGAGUGAGUGUGCACCACAGGAGGCUGUUUGCAUGACUCGUUUGGUGAAUACGAGAAAAGCCAACUUACUACAGCCAGGAAACACAAUUAACAUUGAAUAAAUAUGCAGUCAAAUGUCAGACUGGUAAUGAAAGACUAGAGCUCACAGUGUAUUCCUUGUUGUUAGCCAAACCACUGCAUAUUUCAAGCCUCUUAUGCUGAGUUCAUCACCUGCUGUUUAUAGUCAAGUGUCUUGAGACUUAUGAUCCUACACUCUUCCAAUCUCUUUCUCCGUGUGAAUCAUUCAAUUGAUACUUCUUACCUAUUUGCAUGGCAUUAUACUCUCAGAGUAAUGUAUUUUAAUCACUCAUUGCUGUACAGCAUCCAGUAAGUUAUUAAAUACUGGAUCAUUAUUUGCAAGCAGGGAUAACAUGAUGUCAUAGACCAUAUAGCAAAUAUAUAAUGAACAGUAGGAACAUAGCACUUGUGUAAAUGUUGGUCAUUCAGAAAUGGUGAGACAAUUACUUGACAAUUUAUGUUUGUUGAUCAGCCAUCUUGAACAGAAUUAUAUAUCAGUAAGGAGGAGAACACUUUUGUGCCAGUCUGUUUGUGCCAAGACCUGGCAGAUGUCAGGCACCACCUUGUCUCUUGAUGCAUGCACACUGUCAGGGAGGAAGGAAGGAUGUGUCAUGUGUGUAAGGAUUCAGAGGGAUGGAUGCUUUGACUAUUCCAGCUGUAGCUAAUUUAGUUAAUGUCUGCCUUGUGGCAGAAUAAUGAUCUUGAGUGCAGCUCAUGAACUUUUAUCCACUUAACAGUGUCCCAGACUUGUGCAAUGCAUUUGAAGAGUGAAAGUAGUUUAUCAGAGUUAUGGAGGUGGACCACAGGAAGGACAUGAAGUGGUCAGGUGAUAGGGAAGCAGUGUAUUCAGAUGGUGAGAUCAAAGGACCUUCUGAAGUGGUGCUUUGAACAUCACAGAUUUGUUCUUGAAUACACUACUUCAUUGUAUGUACAUAAUGAGUAUACAGUCUUGAAAUGACCUGUUGUGUCAUCUUUGUGCACCACUGGAAGCCAAGUACCUUGCACUGUACUGACACAACACCAGUGGAAGCUUAGGCACAUUUAUCAAUAUAAUACAAUAAGAUUUAUCUCACAUUCCAAAGUAAAAUAUUAUCAAGUGCUCUGUAAAAAUGUCUCAUAAUAUACGUAAUUAAAAUAUCUGUCCAAGAGAAAUGUAAUGUAAUGCUGGGUGGCCACUGUGGGGCAUUCAGGAAGGUGGUACAUUGGUGUUGGUUGCUGGAAGGGUGCCAAGGUGUUAUAGAGGCACAAGAAAUGGGCAUUAUUUUGUAUUGUCAUACAUGUGAUCUUUUUUGGCAGCACCAGGGUAUGUGUAAUGAUGAAUAUGUGUGUGUGUGUGUGUGUGUGUGUGUGUGUGUGUGUGUGUGUGUGUGUGUGUGUGUGUGUGUGUGUGUGUGUGUGUGUGUACAGUCACACUUGCUACACCUUCCAGCAGCAGAAAAAGCAGCGUUGGUGUGACGACUGCGAUAUCAUGAAUCUUUUACUAAUUAUGAAGUAUUUUUAUACAUUAUUUGUGGCAUUUUUUUUUUUUUUUGUGAGCAUUCUGUACUCCCCCCCCCCAUGUGGUAUCCUGACCUGGGAUUCAUGAGACCCUGCUCUUCUUCUGCAUUUUUGUUUCAUAUCCGUUCAAAAAGCUAUAAAACUAAUACACUACCA